GGGAGCAGGGCGGACGCAUUCUCCUGCGCUCCUCUCUCGCCCUCCCUCACUCACUUGGUAAACAAGAUGUGAGGCGCUUGCCGGGCGCCCUUCACGUCUUUACACUGUAUAUUUGAGUCAGCUCGCUGCUUCCAUCUGUGAUCUCAACUGUGAUAAUGCCGAAAGGUUUCCUGGUGAAAAGAAGAGAAGACAUGAGUGCUUUGGACUUGGUGCCAUACCGGCCUUGGAGAAGUGCCAUCAUGCACGACGAGCAAGAGGAACCGGUGGACUUCAGCCUCCGGCGUCGGCAUUCCAGCAGUGGGAGCAGAGAGUCGCUGCCAGCCAGAGAGGAACAGGUGCGUGUGGAGAGCUAUGUGGAAGAGGUGAAGGAAGUGGUGCACGUGCGGGGUGUGGAUAAGGGGAGUCGCCUGCUCGUCAGAACGCCGGACUCUGGCUUCAGCAGUCCCUCUGACAGCGACUUCUACAGGAGGUCGGUGUAUCAGGCGGCGACGCCACGUCUGCCUCCCAAGCUUCACGCGGACGUCCUCGCGACGCCGUGCGAGAUUGAGCAGACGUCGCCCUUGGCACUCGUCAAAAGGAAGCUUCCCGAUACCGACGUAACGAGUGCAUUGCAUGUGUCGACGAUGCAUGGCGGUCACGAGGUCAGUCACUACCACGGCUUCCAGGCGACGAGUCCGCGCGUGGAGGAGGCCAGGUACUUGAUCCCGCCCGAGACGAGCCCGUACCACCUGUUGUCCCCCACCGUGUACUGGCCGCAUGGCUCGUCGCCGCUCAGGUCACCCAUCCCCUUCACCUCGCCGCUGGGACGACCUCCGUACGACCUUAGUCACACCGCUGUGCCGAUGAGGAGCCCCCAGGACGGCCUCAACCUCACCACCACCUCCACGCCCCGUCCUCUCGGCUCCCCCCGCCACAUCACGCCGCUAAAAGUCCCCAGCAAGUCGCCGGCCGGGCUAGGAGGGGUGCCCACGCCCCACAAGCGCAAGUCCCCGACCACCUCCGGCACGCCCGAGAAGAAGAUGAAAACCUCCAAGAAGACCAAGGCGGCGCGGAGACUCAACUUCGACGAGGACAAGACGUCUCCGGUGUCCGGCACGAUCAUCCGUGAGCUGGCGGAGGGAGAGGAGCCCCUGGUCGUGCGCAAGGGGGACAUCGACCCCGCCUACAACGUGGUUGAGAUCACAGAGGAGGCCAAAGCCGAGCUGGCCAAGAUAGACAAUAAGAUCGGCGAUUAUGUGUGUCGCCUCUGCAAGGAGAUGUACGACGACGCCUUCGGGCUGGCGCAACACAGAUGCUCAAGAAUCAUCCACGUGGAGUACCGUUGCCCCGAGUGCGACAAGGUCUUCAACUGCCCCGCCAACCUUGCCUCGCACCGACGCUGGCACAAGCCCAAGACAACGACCUCCGCGGGCGUCCCCACCCCCGGCACCUCCACCUCCGUCACGUCGUCACCCAAGAUAUCUUCCGAGAACGAUGUAGGGCCGAGUAAACAUUACAUUGAGAACAACAACAACAGCACGAACACUAAUAACAACAACAGUAGCAUCACGAACAACAACCUCGUGAAGGGUCCGCCCGCCCUCGUCCCUCUGGCGCACUUCACGGCCGCGGAGAGGGAGGAGGAGGUGUCCGAGGAACAGUUCGAGUGCGAGCUGUGCUUCAAGAAGUUCAAGCGGCAGUCCUACCUACGGAAGCAUCUGGCGACGCAUCGAGGAGAUCAUGGAGAAGAGAAUGCCAGUGCUGGGCCAUCAUCGUCGUCCAGCGCUGCCCCUUUGCCCUCUCACCCUUCCUUAUCUUCCCAGCCGCCUGCCCUCCCGCCCUUGCUCUCCCCGCCCUUCCCGAGCGAGGUCCUC